AUGUCAAAACAAAGAGUAAGGUUUAAAGUUGGGUUGAGAUUUGCAGAGAAGACAGGGCAGGAAAAGAUGAAAGCACCAUUAAUAUACUUGUUCUAUUACCACGUCUGCAUCAUUGCAACUUGUUGCACUAAGCUUGUGGAAGCCAUAGAAUCUCCAAAUUACACAGUGGCGGCCUCUGAAUCAGACUUGGAGAUCAGACUUUACAGUGAAUCCUCAUGGCUCUCAGCUCGUGUACAAGGAACAUCUUUCAGCCAGUCCACAAAAAUUGGCUUUCAUAGGUUGUAUCAAUAUAUGCAUGGAGGUAAUCUGGAUUCUUCUAGACUGGAUUUUACUGCUCCUAUGCUAACAAGCAUUACCUCUUCAACAUCAUCACAUGGGAAUGACUAUGUUGUAAUGUCGUAUAUGUCUGCAAAGUAUCAUGGGAAACCUCCAGAGCCAAAUCCUGAACUGAAUUUGAAGGUGGAAAAGUGGGGAGCUCAUUGCAUAGCAGUAAGAAAGUUCAGUGGGUUUGCCAGAGACGAUAAUAUUAACACAGAAGUUGAAGCUCUUAUAAAUAGCUUGAGUGGGAGAGCAGCCACUAUAGAAGACAAAGGGACCUAUGCCGUUGCCCAGUACAAUGAUUCUCGUCAUAUUUCUGGGCGAUUAAAUGAAGUGUGGAUCAAUGUGUCAGGACCCUUUGUCCUGGGCUGUCCCCAUUCCCAGUAG